CACAAGUCAACAUGAGAGUCGCAUCUGUCAUUAUUGUGGCUCUAGCUUUAACAGCGACAGCCUUAGGCAGGACUAUGGAUCGUUGCUCUUUGGCUAGGGAAUUAUACUCAAUGGGGAUACCAUAUUCUGACUUGCCACGAUGGACUUGCAUUGCUGAAAGGGAAAGCUCUUAUCGUACCGGUGUUGUUGGUCCCCCAAAUGGAGAUGGCUCAAGGGAUCACGGUAUUUUUCAAAUCAAUAGCUUGUACUGGUGCCAACCUGAUAAUGGAAAUUUUUCUUAUAAUGGCUGUCAUAUAAAUUGCAAUGCUUUAUUAGGCAAUAAUAUACGCAACUCAAUCACAUGUGCUGCUAAAAUUAAAAACCAACAAGGAUGGUCUGCCUGGUCAGUUUGGAGAUUUUGCAAUGGUGCUCUACCAAGUGUAAAUGAUUGUUUUUAAUUAAA